AGCAGCCCGCGCCGUCUCUGCCCCAGGGUACCCUAUGGCUUGAAGAGCCUGGCCACCCAGUGGCCCCGCUACCCCAAUGGAUCCACUGAACCUGUCCUGGUACGAUGAUGAUCUGGAGAGCCAGAACUGGAGCCGGCCCUUCAAUGGGUCUGAAGGGAAGGCUGACAAGCCCCACUACAACUACUAUGCCAUGCUGCUCACCCUGCUCAUCUUCAUCAUCGUCUUCGGCAACGUGCUGGUGUGCAUGGCUGUGUCCCGCGAGAAGGCACUGCAGACCACCACCAACUACCUGAUCGUCAGCCUCGCUGUCGCUGACCUCCUUGUAGCCACGCUUGUCAUGCCCUGGGUUGUCUACUUGGAGGUGGUGGGCGAGUGGAAAUUCAGCAGGAUUCACUGUGACAUCUUUGUCACUCUGGACGUCAUGAUGUGCACAGCAAGCAUCCUAAACCUGUGUGCCAUCAGCAUUGACAGGUACACGGCUGUGGCCAUGCCCAUGCUCUACAACACACGCUACAGCUCCAAGCGUCGGGUCACCGUCAUGAUCGCCAUUGUCUGGGUCCUGUCCUUCACCAUUUCCUGCCCGAUGCUCUUUGGACUCAACAACACAGAACAGAGUGAGUGCAUCAUUGCCAACCCCGCCUUCGUGGUUUACUCCUCUGUCGUCUCCUUCUAUGUGCCCUUUAUCGUCACCCUGCUGGUCUACAUCAAGAUCUACAUUGUCCUCCGGAGGCGCCGAAAGCGUGUCAACACGAAGCGCAGCAGCCGGGCUUUCAGGGCCAACCUGAAGGCCCCACUCAAGGGCAGCUGCACUCACCCUGAGGACAUGAAACUCUGCACCGUUAUCAUGAAGUCUAAUGGCAGUUUCCCUGUGAACAGGCGGAGAAUGGAGGCUGCCCGCCGAGCCCAGGAGCUGGAAAUGGAGAUGCUUUCCAGCACCAGCCCACCUGAGAGGACCCGGUACAGCCCCAUCCCGCCCAGCCACCACCAGCUGACCCUCCCUGACCCGUCCCACCACGGCCUCCAUAGCACUCCUGACAGCCCUGCCAAACCCGAGAAGAAUGGGCAUGCCAAAGACCACCCCAAGAUUGCCAAGAUCUUUGAGAUCCAGUCCAUGCCCAAUGGCAAAACGCGGACUUCGCUUAAGACCCUGAGCCGCAGGAAGCUCUCGCAGCAGAAGGAGAAGAAAGCCACCCAGAUGCUCGCCAUCGUCCUUGGCGUGUUCAUCAUCUGCUGGCUGCCCUUCUUCAUCACACACAUCCUGAACAUUCACUGUGAUUGCAACAUCCCACCUGUCCUGUACAGCGCCUUCACGUGGCUGGGCUAUGUCAACAGUGCCGUGAACCCCAUCAUCUACACGACCUUCAACAUUGAGUUCCGCAAGGCCUUCAUGAAGAUUCUCCACUGCUGACCCUGCUGCCCAUCUGA